GUCAAAUCCUAUGUGUGCCUGGGAAGAGCAUUUAGCAUUCUACAAAGUAACGUGACAAACUGAAACAUAAUACGUACACCUUCAACCCUCUGGAUUUCAUUUUCUCACGCUUGUCGCUUGAGAAGCAAAACAACCUCUCUCUCUCUCUGUCUCACAAUGGCUUCUUCCAGGCAAAGGGCGACCAACAUCUCCACAAUCGCUUCUCGCGCCUUUUUCCUCCUCAUCAUCCUUCAGAUCCCUCUCUUCAGGGUCCCAUGUUUAUCUGGGAUGUGUACAACACCAAUAGAGGUCACAUGUUCUCAACUGAUAGCAAGUGAGAUUUUUCCUCUGGUGAUGGUGAAGGCCCUUCUCUACCCUGGAGCAGUUGCAAAUGGUCUCACCAAGAAUAUGACCAUACCCAGCUGGGAUGACCUAUUAAACAUCUAUAACUUAACCAAUGUCAAGGAAGCAUCUGCAGCGACUGAUCUCCAGCGCCUAGAGGUUCUUGCAGGGAGCUACUUUUCUGUGGCAGGAGCACUUAUGGGACUCCUGAAACCGGGAAGGAUGAGCUUGUUUGGGACGCUUCUGGUCAUUUGGGGUCUUAUCAAGGAAGGGAUACUUGGAAAACCUUUAAACACAGAUCCUGCAACAGCCAUUUAUGCCUACCCAACCAUAUUAGUUGCAUUGAUCUGUGGCUUCUCAUCUAUUAAGUAUGAUGUAAAGAAGAUGAUGAGGAGUAGCUCAGCACGACCCAUUGCAAAACCCCUGCAAAGCUCUUCAAAGUCAAAGCUGAAAUGAAAUGUGGAAGUUAAAAAAUUUAAAUGUUUUUUU